CUUGAAAGGCGAACUAUACUUUGCUCUGGUGGUUUUCCACUUCAUCAGCAAAUGCUUCUUCCACAAUAGAGGAAAAGUUGCGCACUGAAUCUUCUUACCAGUUAGAAACUUUUUUUCAGGAAAAGAAAGCACAUGGUAAUAGUGCUUUGUUGAUAGCUCAAUAUCAAUGGAAACUGGUGUAGCCAAUAAAAUACAGCAUAUGAGAUGAUUUUUGAAAAGUUAGCUCAUUUUGCUUUUGGAUUUCACACAUGAAUUGAUGGCUCAAAUGUUUGUGAAUACAUUGAAAUUGCAAACAUAAGAAAGUGAUAGCCUUUGCAAGGAAUGGCUUCCUUGAAGAACAGAUGCUUGUAUCUAGUUUGAUUUAAGCCAUAUGGGGUUUACUUUCUUCAUAUUCUCCCUGCUGGAAUAUUGGGAUAUUCAAAUCAAUCCCAUAGCCCAGUUCAUUUAGAUGAUUUUCAAGUCUUAUAGUGCUUUUUUUCACUUCUGAUGUAUGUCUGAGUGUGCGGGGACGUAUUUUCGAUAUCAUGGCCAUGAUUGUUAGACUAUUAUGUUGUAGGGGGGUUUGAUUUUUGAAUAAAAGAAAACAUUUCUGCAGAACAGUCUUUCUACGAAGAAGCAUGCUUAAGGUCCCAGAUCAUCAGGUUGCCGGACACAAAGCUGGCGAUGGACGGCUUGGACCACUUGUUGACGAUUCAGGGCGUUUCUACAAGCCUCUUCAGGGUGAUGAGCGUGGAGCUAAUGAGGUCUCUUUCUAUACAUCAUUCUCUUCAAACGCUAAAAUUCCUGAUCAUGUCACAAGGUUCUUCCCCAAGUUUGAUGGUACUCAACUCGUGGAAGCAUCUGAUGGAUCUGGUAUGCAACCUCAUCUCGUUUUACAAGAUCUUACAUUCAAUCGUGUAAAUCCGUCUAUAAUGGACAUCAAAAUUGGUUCAAGAACUUGGCCUCCACAUGCGCCAGAGGACUACGUCCAGAAGUGUUUAAAGAAAGAUAGGACAAGUUCAAGCCUUCCGUUGGGUUUCAGGGUAUCAGGUGCGCGAAUCUUUGGAAGCUUAAAAUUAGGAUACUGGGAGCCGAAGAACAAAUCUUCAAUUCAGAAACUUUCUGCUGAUGAAGUAAAGUUGCUUCUAAAAAACUUUGUUUCGUCGAACGCAUCGGAAGAGACACAAAUGAAACCAGAUUGCUUAUUCGCAUCAACUGUUUAUGGUGGCUCAACGGGUAUUUUAUCACAGUUACUUGAAUUAAAGGCAUGGUUUGAGGAUCAAACGAUCUACCAUUUCUAUUCUUGCUCAGUUCUUAUGAUGUUUGAAAAGGAGCUUGCAUCAUGUGGAAAGAGCCCCCGAGCAGAAAUCAAGCUUGUUGAUUUCGCCCACGUUCAUGAAGGCAAGGGUGUUAUUGAUCAUAACUUCCUAGGCGGGCUUUGCUCUUUCAUAAAAUUCAUCUCUGAGAUCCUUACCACUCCUGAAGACUGUGCUGCUGAUUCCUUAGUAGACGAUGCUCAGAGAAACCAUAUCUAUUCCGAUAACGGUUCAGUUUGAAUUUACUGAAUGAAUGGCUGAUGGCAAGGCUUCAGGCAAACUUAAAUCACGUUGCUUUUUCUUUUCGUGGAUAAUCACCAACUUUUGGAUUCUCGGUUGCGCUGGCCAAAUGCUGGUUGUCGUGAAUUCUUUUUCUAGUCGAGGUUCAUGAUACUUUUGCAGUUUUGCUCUUCAAUUUAUUUGAGAGUAGGUAUGAUUCAAUUAUUUUGAAGCACUACAGCGUUCGGGUUCUUAUAUCUUCUGCCUCUACAUCUAAUUUCAUAUCCUUAUGGUUUAUUCUCUGCAUAACCACAAUUAUUUACAUCUUCUAGAGGCUGUGGUGAUAUUAGGAGUACCAAACUUAAUUAGAUAUCAAAUGUUUUGAUGGUUUCUUGUUUGUCUAAUGAUUUCUGUGCUAAAUUUCUUGUUCCAACAUAUGCCA